UGCAGUUUUUUCGAUCUACCAAUAGCGGAAUUUCAAUCCCGAUCCCAACGAUCGUUCAUAGUGAAGGCAUGUAUGCACAGCCGCCUUCGACGAUGGCGGUCACACCUCUUUCCGCCAUAGCCGAGGCCUUCGAGGACCUUUCCAAGUUGGUCACUGGGGCUGAGAAUAAUGGGAACACAAAGCAACAAGAGCUUCGCCUCGACAAAUUUUGCCAUGCUUGCUCUCACGUCUCUGUUCUCUUUCAUUCCCUUGGCCUCGUUUUCAAAUUCGCUGAAUUGGAAUACAUCUCCAAGCUUCAAGCUCUCAGGGAUGCAUCAAAGACAUAUGACACUUUACAGGAUAUAGUUGAUCUCGAUAUCGAAAAUGGGACAGUGAAAACACAAGGAAGUCUUUCCCGUUGUCUGCGCAGAGUGCGGCAGGGUCUUGACCUUGUCAGAGCUAUAUUCAAACAGUUUUUGUUAACUGAUGAUAGUUCUCUAAAAGAAGCGGCUUCAACAGCUUAUGCACAGGUUUGUGCUCCGUAUCAUUCAUGGACAGUAAGAGCAGCAGUAGCUGCUGGCAUGUAUGCACUUCCAACAAGAGACCAAUUGCUGGUGAGGCUUAGUGAAACAAAUCAGUCAGCUGAGAAGAAAAUGAUCAGAUACAUCAAUGCUUCGUUUCCACUUAUAGAAUACAUUGAUAAACUAUACCUGUCUCGAAAUAUUAGGUUGGACUGGUGAUUAUAUAUCUGCUGUUCAGAGAUAGAAUGUUGGGUGUAUAUAUUUAAGAUGGCAUUGAUGCCUCUACUGUGUAGCAGCGGCUUCUGUAUUAGAGUCUUCCCUUGGUUGUUUUAUAUGAAGAUGCAUUUAUGUAUA